UUGGGAGCGCUCCUAGAUCUUCCAGCAGAGCAGAUCGAGCAAAUCCUGCAGGAUGAGGUGCUCAGAUUUCCACAGAGCUCACACUUGAUCCUGGCCCAGAGCCCGCUGAGGAUCUGUGAACGAUACCUGUUUCCAAAUGGCCCAGAGGGGGAAGAAGAGGAGGAGGACAAGUGCCCCAAAUUGCACCUGUGCCGCCACUACUUAAGGGGGCAGUGUCCCCCCAACCGAUGGCCUCGCUGCAAAUUCUCCCACGAUGUCUUGUCUGACCACAACCGUGCUGUGUUAAAAGCCAACGAGUUGAGCGGACUGUUUGAAGACGAGAUCAAAGUUCUGCUGUUCCAGAAUGACAACCAGCUGCUGCCAGAGGACUGUUCAAAAUAC